UCCAAUCUAAUGCUUCAUUGAAUUUGAAUUUAUUUUCACAGGCCUUUUUGUGCAUUUAGAAGUCCUUAUCGUAGGUAUAGAAAAGCCUUGAUCAGGCAUAUCCAUGAAUUGCAACGAACCGCCGGAGGUGUUUUCUUUUUACGCGUUUUUUCUAGUAGUGCAUACGUAUUUUCUGUAGCUUCCUUCAAGCAUAAAACCCCCAAGCCAUGUCGAAGAUCAUCGCUGCCCCCAAUGACGACCAAAACCAGGACGUGUUCCCGGUGGCUCGGAUGAUCCAGCAACUGAUGAAAGAUAACAACACGCCAGACGCAAAGAUCGAGCAGUUUGAACAGUCUUUUGUCUCGGAAAUCGAGAAAGACAACGGGUACGCCAUCUUCCAGCUCUUCGCGGAACAAUGCGACCUCAUCGUCACCCAGCAGGAAAAGAAGCGAGUAGGGGGAAGCAGCAUCGGCAGCGUGCAGGAAAAGGUAUGCUGUGUGUUGGUGCUUAUUGGCAAUAAACAGGUUUUAUUUUGUUCCAGUGCUGGUUUGUGCAUUCAGUUUCAGAAUGGCAGUACUGGAGCUUUCUACAACUAGUAGGACGGCCAGGACGUGAUAUUUCGUGCAAGAUAUUGCUCUUGGAGCAGUGCCUGCUGUAUGUCUAUUGCAUCACUACACCCACGUGAAGAGUUAUUUACGAAAAACAAAAUAACAGAUCGAGUGCUACUUUUCAACGCUGAUCUACAUGCUCGGGAAUGCUAUGGAUACCGUCCCAAAACUCCAAGCCGCAGUUUCGAAGGUAUAUUAGGUUUUUUUUACCCUGCAGUUGUGCCCUAUUUGACGUGGUGUGCAUUAGAAAUUUGUUUUUACUCCGACAUUAAUUGCACGAUAGUGCUUGAUGAAGUUUUUUGUUUUGCUACUUUACAACUUGUAACAUAUCCAUUUUCAUUCUCUUGAAUUUGACAACACUUCACGUUCGCAGGUCGUCGAGCUGCUUCUUUCCGGACAGGAAUACCCUCAGCUUCGAUUGAAGAUGCUGAUGCAGACAUACAACAGUAUUCCCAUCACAGGAGUAACUAUGCAAGAAAAAAUAAACUGUGUUUACGUGUAUUAAGUAUGUGAUGCAGAAACUGCAAAAAGAAUAGGGAUUACAGUUCUUGUCAUGCAAACCACACCAAUGAAGUUUUCAUUCUCUUGCCAUGUCCGCGUGCUGUGCACGAGCACGUACUAGCCAUGUAUGACAGUUCUACAUUUUCCCUGUCUUGAAGAGCAAAAGAUGUGUCAUCCUGUCACUCCAAGACGCCUACACGACUAACACAGUGCUUUCCUUGGAUAGUAGCAGCAGAAGUCUCCAGGAAAAUUUUCUUCGGCGUCUUGAACUUCGCAGCGGAUAACGAGCUCUUUCACGUAUUCAAACAAUUGUUUGUGUUGCGUAAUGAUACAAUACCGAGAAUCGAUUAUGUGGGUUUGUCAUGCAUGAUAGAGAUAGAUAAUGAAUAUAGAAAAAAACUAUCCAUCAACAGGAAAUGGUUGUGUACCUGAAUGAUUUCGAAACGUGGAUGAGCACGUGGGCACAGCAUCUGGAAGACAAUGAGGAUUUCAACGCGGAGGUAUCCUGAGUAAAAACGUACCCACGCCAGAGUUGUAAUGCAGAUUUGCAAAGACGGGAAGACUUGUAACGCGCAUCCCGAUGAGAGCCAUUUCUAAUCGUGUUUUGGAAUUUGUGAUGCUGUGAACAGGAUGAGCAGAUGAAUCUGUGAUGCGGCUGCACUUGCUAACCUGCACUACACUGCAUUGUGUGGCUUGUCAUGCGUGACUCACAAAACUCCUAGGGUUGUGUUGCAAAUAAAUCCCCAUCCUGACUCUGGUGUGGGUACGUUUUUACUCAGGAUAGCGGGCAGACAAGAAGGAGCUCUACCAUCUGAUCGCCAUGCAAAUCCCGAAACUGAAGCCCGAGGUCAAGCUCUCCAUGGCGUCCCUGCCGGAGGAGCUCGCGUUCCAGUGGCUGGAGAAAUACCUGCGAUACGAAACGGAAGUCAACGACAGGAGUCUCGCCGCGAUAAAACUCUUCGUGCAAGAAGUCAUCAAGCUGCCAAGCGUGUUUGAGGUACUGCAAUCUUACCACAAGGACGAUCACGAUGACGAUGUAAAGAAUAUGCAUAUAGAUGCAUGACAACAGACGGAAGCGGGAACUGCUCGAAGAUGAAAGUGAAAUUGUUACUGAUUUUCCAAGAACAUUUUGUUCGCAGCAAUUCAUUUUGCGAGAUAGAUUCCCUUGAAAAUUUGAAUUAUCACAGGUCGAGGGUCUCCUCGAAAUUGAGGUUCUGCAGAAGGCUUCCAAAAGCAACGACAAGGUCGCAAAGAUGGUUGCACUUUUGCAGCUCUUCGUUAGCGGCACCAUUGCCGACCUGGCCGCCUUUAAGUCAAAACACACCGGAUUUUUGCAGGAGCUGGAUGUAUAAUAUUCCCCUUUUUUUGAUAGAUUUUUGCACGUAGUAUCUGGCGCCGCCAACCUGGACAAUUGGAAAUCAAUUUCCUGGUCUUCUUGUUAGCUAGUACAGUGAGACGCAAAAUAUCUCAACAUAGCUAUUGAAAUACCCCAAACAAUUUCUUAUCGGAACUCCACCAGGUCCCCGAAUCCUGCAUUGAGAACAAGCUCCGCGUUCUGACUUUGUGCAGUCUGUGCGAGGGGAGGCAAGAGGUCCCGUUGAAGGAGAUCCGGGAGGCGCUGAAGAUCGAGGAUGUCGACGAUCUGAUCAUCGAGGCCACGCACUACAAUGUGCUGGUGGGCCGCAUCGACGAGGUCAGGCAAAUCUUGACCGUGCAGUCCGUCUUGCAGCGGAAAUUCGGGCAGAAGGAGUGGCAACACUUGGACAACGUGUUGGAAAAAUGGAUGGGCAAGAUCGACCUCCUGAUCGACUCCCUGAAGGUCUCGGCAGAAAAGGAGCGCGCGUCCGCGGGAAAAAUCGGGGGCGCAUAGAAGAACGGUGGAUAGUACCAACUCGAAGGAGGCAUCGGUGUUUGUACAAAUUUUUCCUUGGUCAAAAUAAAAAUGACUGCGCUUCGUAGUUUUCAUGAAGUUGUAAGAAUCAAAAUGCACAUUGAUGAAGCGAUUAUCCUGUAGCUUCAUCGGGCAGGAACUAGAUAAGACCAAGAUUUUGUGCUUGUGCAUUCCUUCCAUAACAAAAAUGCAAACCCACCAGAGAGAUCAUGUCAAAAUGACCCCACGAUCGCAGUUCUUCACAUUGUCACUGUGUCACACGUCGCUCCGCUGAGAAAUUUAUCGCGCAUUUCUUGAUGAUAAAUGGAUUCUCAGACGGACAAGACAAUAUCCUUACACUCUUUUGUUUACACGAAAUGCUUUUACCAUGUCUAGUCCAUGAAUCUUCCGUGUUGCGGAUUUUUACAGGGACGAGAAUCUUCGGGAACAACUGGUAUUAUUCUAACGUACGCUGCAAGCUUGAGCUGGAUCGGAAAAAAACGUAAAAUACCAACAAGCGCUAUGCUGGAGAGAAUGGCUUUGAUGUCGCUCUGAUCAUCUUCUCGAAGCACUGUUCUGAAAAGCCCGUGCUGUUCAUCUUUUUCAAAGGCAAAUGUCAAAAGAU